UUGUGCAUGUGCGAUGACAAUUUUGUGGACUGCAGCAGGCUGGGGCUGACAGCCAUCCCGCCCUUGAGGCCCCCUGGAAUAUUACCAGUGACUAACGUAGAGUUCGAUGGCAACCGCAUCACAUCAGUACCCGCAGGAAGUCUCCCAGUUGGUCUUGUACAGCUCACUUUCAACGACAACCCUAUACAGACUAUCGACGACGAUGCCUUCAUUCACUCUUCAACAACUCUACAAACUCUGGGUCUAACUUUAGCUCCACAUUCAAGAAUUCCCGACGCUCUGUUGAAUUUAAGGAGCCUCAUCUUCUUUGAACUCUACAAUACCGACGUUGGUGAUUGGAAUGAAGAGAUGAUGAUGUAUCUGGCACCCAAACUACAGUCGAUAUCUUUCGGCAAUGUUAGUGUACACACAUGGCCUGGCUGGUUUCAGUACUGCAACCAAGUGACCCAGUUAUCGCUCGAUAACAGCAACAUUACAUCUAUACCGGACAAUGGACUGGACGGUAUGACCAAUAGUUUAAUAACCCUGUCUCUUACUGGCAACAGCUUAACUUCCGUUCCCAAAGCGAUUUAUAAGUUGGUUAACAUCACACAUUUGUAUGUAGACAGCAACAAGAUAACAGAUGUUACCUGGUUGCCAAAACAUGCAAGAUUGGAUACGCUAGCUUUAAAUAAUAAUAAAAUCUCCAAUGGGACUCAGCUAAGUGAAGCGCUGAGGCCUUUUGCAGAGUUUCUGAGCGACCUUAACUUGGUGGGCAAUGAGCUGACGGCGAUUCCUGAUUUAGAUUUCCUGACAUUUCAAAGUAUUGAUUUGUCCUUUAACAAGAUUUAUGAUCUGAAUGCAGGAUCUCUGUCACCUGAUCUACACGGGCUGAAUCUAGGAAACAAUCUUCUAACUUCAGUUCCAAGCGUGGUUUUUCGUGUCCAAUCGCUGGGCUCGUUAAUGAUGGCGUCAAACUUAGUAACCCGUGUGCAAGCAUCGUUAAUUCCUGUGUCACUGAGGUAUCUUGAUCUCCAACACAAUCUACUCACUGAAUUAACAGACACGAGUUUUCCAGAAAAUUCCAACCUACUUUAUUUGUACUUGAAUAAUAAUCCUCUAACGACAAUAUCCGAUCAUGCGUUUGCUAAUCUGGCUCAACUUGAGGAGCUCUACUUGGGUAGUACAAGACUGGCUCGCCUACCGCUCGGCCUGACCUCGCUUCACAGUUUAACUACAUUUGAUGUCAGCGAAAUCACUCGUCUUGUUUGUACCUGCAUGGAGAAAAAUUUAGCGCCCUGGAUCAAGUCCCUGAGGUCAGGGAGAGUUUCAGGAACAUGCGGCCUAAUGAGUGUGUACGACUUUUUCUCUUUGCUAAGCCCGGACUGUCCCCCUUGA